AUGGCAGAGCGGACGGGAUGCCCAAUUCUCUUCAGUCUGUGGUCGUAUGUGCUGAUUUAUAGGGGAGUAAGAAUUAUAUAUGAUGAUAAUUAAGGGGUGAGGGGAUAUUCGUCGUGAAUAUUAUAAUUAUCAGUUUAUACUCUUUGACUAAAAGUAUAUGAGAAUUUCAAUAAUGUUGUAUUUGCUGAUAAAAUACAGAUGUCUUUUCAACCCAUUGGUCUACUCACAAAUUAUGGUUUAUAUAGUGGUUGCCUUCAAGCCUUCAAAGUUGUAUUGCGAGAAUCUGCCACUGUUCCAUUUUGGGAGGACCUUUUGAAUUCAUAAUAUAAAACCGAAGAUAAUCUUUUUGUGAAUUCCCAGCAACCGGUCGAUGAGACGACGAAAGCUGUAGGUAGAUAUUGUGGUUAGGUCUUAUGAUACAGGAUUCCAACCGGUUAUGAUCUUAUUAAUAGACUGCAAACAGCAGAGCCGACCGUUCGUAAGAGGGAGGAAAUGGAAGACCAGUUGGAUUCGUAUGCUCUGCAUUACUUCUCGGGGACAGGCAAGGCACAAGGGCAAGCCACCGUCUAUGGUGCAGUUGCAUAUGGAACAUUGAUUCGAGGUUGGCAUCUCUCUUAUACGGAGAAUGAGGAUAGGAGUGUGGGAAAUGUAACUAAAGUGCCUUUAAUGGGGGGUUCUACAGAAAGCGGAUACCACCUCUUGAAGAGGUCCACGGAUCCCCAGCCAGGCCAACCAGAUCAAGGAGUUUCUUGACUUCGUGAAAAGAAUUGCUCCUCCAGUGUACCAUGCAUCACACAAUACUAUUUCAAGCACAUAUUCCGGACCAUAUUCAUCCCAACAGACGACACCUUGUUACGUCGGAUCGUCGGAUGAUCACUAUUUGUUUUAGUUAGGAAUUAUUUCUGGUACUCCAAGUCGACUGAAACACCCGUGCAUCCCCGCUCGACAAAUGCAUGGGUAUUCAAUUA